CGGGGCCAGCAUGACCGAGGUGAAGGCGAAGGACCCCGGAGCGCCUCCGUCUGCCAGGGACGGGGCGGUCCUGCUGCAGGGCCACCCCGGCCGUGACCCAUUCCGCAGGGAGGCAGAGGCCGCCGACAUCUCCCUGGACGGGUUGCUCUACCCCAAGAGCAGCGACGAGGAGGAGGACGAGGAGGACGAGGAGGAAGAGCCGCCGGGGGGAGAGGAGCGCGAGUCCCUCCCGUACCGUCCGGGCAGCGGCUCCCUCUCGGAUAAGGACUCCCUGGACAGCGUCCUCGACACCUUCCUGGCCCCGGCGGCUCAUGCGAGCUCCGCCCUCGCCGCGGCGCCCUGGUCCUUCCUCGGGCCGGAGCUCGCGGAGGUGCCCGGCGCGCCCAUGAGCCGCUGCUCCGAGCAGCGGGCGGGGGACGCGCCGCCGCCGGCCCCCGCCGCCUCCCCGCCGCCGCCGGCGGAGCCCGGCCAGGACUACGUACACGUGCCCAUCCUGCCGCUCAACUCGGCCUACCUGGCGUCGCGCACGCGGCAGCUGCUCGACGUGGAGGAGUUCGAGAGCGGCGCCUUCGGGCCGCGCGCCUCGCCCGCCGCCGCCGCCGCCGACUUCGCGGACUUCGCCUACGCGGCGGCCCCCGAGGGCAAGGAGGGGCCCUUCGCCUACGGCGACUUCCAGCCCGCGCUGAAGAUCAAGGAGGAGGGCAGCGGCGCCUACCUGGCCGCCAAGGGCGCCGCGGGCCCCGCCGACUUCGCGCAGCACCCGCGGGCCGCUCAGGACUCCUCGCUCGAGUGCGUCCUCUACAAGACCGAGUCUGCGCUCCUGGCCGGCGCCUACGGGCCCGCGGCGGCGGCGCCCGACAGCCUGCCCUCCACCUCCGCCGCGCCGCCGGGCCUCUACCCGCCGCUCGCCCUCAACGGCCACCAGCCCCUGGGCUUCCCGGCGGCCGUGCUGAAGGAGGCCCUGCCGCCGCUCUGCCCGCCCUACCUCGGCUACCUGCGGCCAGAUACAGAGACCAGCCAAAGUCCUCAGUACAGCUUUGAAUCCUUACCCCAGAAGAUUUGCCUCAUCUGCGGUGAUGAGGCAUCUGGUUGCCACUACGGAGUACUUACCUGUGGAAGUUGUAAAGUCUUCUUUAAAAGGGCAAUGGAAGGGCAGCACAACUACUUAUGUGCUGGAAGAAAUGACUGUAUAGUUGAUAAAAUUCGUAGGAAGAACUGUCCAGCAUGUCGCUUGAGGAAGUGCUGUCAAGCUGGUAUGGUCCUGGGAGGUCGAAAAUUUAAAAAGUUUAACAAAAUUAAGGUUGUGAGGACAUUAGAUGUUGCACUCCAGCAGCCAGCAGCCCUUCAAGAUGAAAGCCAGUCUCUAACCCAGAGGCCAUCCUUUUCUCCAAAUCAAGAAAUACAGUUUGUUCCCCCAAUGAUGAGUGUUUUACGAGGUAUAGAGCCAGAAGUUGUCUAUGCUGGUUAUGACAAUACAAAGCCUGAAACACCAAGUUCCUUGCUGACCAGUUUAAAUCAUCUUUGUGAGAGGCAACUUCUUUGUGUAGUCAAGUGGUCUAAACUGCUACCAGGGUUUCGGAAUUUGCAUAUCGAUGAUCAGAUAACCCUCAUCCAGUAUUCCUGGAUGAGUCUAAUGGUCUUUGCAAUGGGAUGGAGAUCGUACAAACAUGUCAGUGGUCAGAUGUUAUAUUUUGCACCAGAUUUGAUACUAAAUGAACAGAGGAUGAAAGAAUCAUCGUUCUAUUCACUAUGUCUGUCCAUGUGGCAGCUUCCACAGGAAUUUGUCAGACUUCAAGUUAGCCAAGAAGAGUUCCUAUGUAUGAAGGCACUUUUACUUCUCAAUACAAUUCCUUUGGAAGGUCUAAGAAGUCAAAGCCAAUUUGAUGAGAUGAGAACGAGCUACAUUAGAGAACUGGUGAAGGCAAUUGGCUUGCGCCAGAAGGGCGUCGUGGCCAACUCACAACGCUUUUAUCAGCUUACAAAACUGAUGGAUUCCAUGCAUGAUCUAGUGAAACAGCUCCAUCUCUUCUGUCUGAACACCUUUCUGCAGUCCCGUGCACUAAGUGUUGAAUUCCCCGAGAUGAUGUCAGAGGUGAUCGCUGCGCAGCUCCCCAAGAUUCUGGCAGGGAUGGUGAAACCUCUUCUCUUUCACAAAAAGUGAAAUGUCUUUUCUCUUAUCAUAGAGAUGAUUUCUGGGUCACUGUUUUGUUUGUUUAUUUUGGUCAAGAUUUUGCAAUGUCAGGACUUCAGUAUAUUUGUCAUACAUACCCUACCUAUUGCUUUAUACUUGUAACAUACACGACCAUGUAAGUUUGAUGUACAUAUUGUGAGUUCUUGAUUCCUUUUACUGCAAAAAUCACAACAGUCUUAAGAAACGUUUUGUAAACUUGGCUAGAUGGCUCUUCACCUGUGCAUACGAAUGAUAAUGAAAGCAGCUUUCAGAUUUCUAAGAACAGUUAUACAUUUUUCUUACAUAUUAUACACUUUCAAAGUUCUUAUAUGACAUGGUGUAAACUUUUUAAUACAUUAUGUGCAUGGGUACCUGUGGGCAUGUGUGUAAUACUAAAUAUUUUUAAGAAAUUAAAAUAUAUAUAUUGCCCACGUUUUCUCAUGGAUAUUUCACUUUUUACUUAGUAACCUGCCUCACAUAAGUAUCCUCUCAAAAUAAGCUCUCCAGCUCUAAGUAGAUGUCACAGUGGUAUCUUCUUGAGUAACUAAAAUGCUAGCAACAAACAUACAGUCAUAUUUUUGUCUGUGCUCAUCCUGCAUUGAAAUUGUGAGGUCAGUGUGCUGGUUUUGCACCAUUCAGYGCAAUUCUUCUUCAAAAAUUGGCAAACUUAUGAGCAUGUCCGUGUGUGCUACGCCAGAAAUAAUGUGUAUGCAAACACACUCAGCUUUAGUUUGUGCUACUUUUCUUUAAAGUUUGGCAUUUGCUAAAGCUAAAUCACUUAGCUGUAAUCUUAAAUUUGGCAACUUUAAAAUUCUGUAUUUCAGAAACUUUAAAUAGAAGUGUUUUCACAGAGUACAACUCUUAAUAAUCUUAAUGCUUUGAAUCUUAAUGUUAAAUACUCAAACAACCAUUAACAUCAAAUUGUAGAGAGAUUAAAUGCAAAAAAGAAAUGGAAAAUAUGACUACAAUGUUUUUGAUACACAUCAGGCUCAUUUUGUUACCAUUUUGUAGAGGUAAAUAUUUUAUGCUUUAAAGGCAUGCUGUUAUAAUUUGGAUAACUGUAAAAGAGAAAUUGAACUAAAUUAGCUUUAUUUGUUCAAGGGSAUUGUCAUAUUUUACCAUGGAAAUGAAAUAUUUCACUGAAGAAUGAUAAUAUGCUGAUAUUUUUGCCUUAGGGUUGCAUUUGAAACAACUCAUAGAUCUGAAGCACUCAACUAUAGAUAUAUUUGAGCAAAAGAGAAAUGGUUACAGCCUCAAAAGAAUUCGUAAGGAUAUUACAAUAUGAGAUACUUUUGACAGUUGGUAAAAAUGGUCCUUCAGCAGUGGAGGGGACAGUGGGUCAUAGUGGGGUUCUUGGCGGCUACGCACUGGGGCUCUUCUGCCCUUACAUGUUGGAUACAUCCAUCAAGUCAUGUGCAGGUAACCAUGGGUAUAGAAAUAUCCUUGUCAGGGGAGCAAAGCACAGCGGCAGCCCUGCUGGAUAGAAGUCCAGUAUUCCUUGUUAAAUCAGGGUGAUGCUCAUUAAAAUGAGUUUAAGUGAUUUUUCUUGUUAUAAAGAUUUUGUCCUAACGCUUUAAAAAAGAAAUGCUGAGAACUAUCAUCUAAAAUGUAGGUCUAAAGAAGUCUUUGUUAUUCAUYAUUUCCUAAAGCCGCCCUGGAAAAAAAGCUAUGCUACAAAUGGGAAUAAAAACUUUUCAGCCUCUCACAUAGUAAUACAAAUCCACUAGGGCUGGGGAAAAGAAGCAUUCCUAGAUAGAAUGGCAUAAUCAGACUUUCCUGCUAGUUGACUAGGGUCAUGAUUUUUAACUGCCAAGAAACAACCAUUUUUUUCAAUACAGUCUGGCUUUUAACUCUUCUCUUUAAAGCAAUUAUGUUCUAAUAAAUAACGCCAAAAUCUUUAUUUCAGCUCUAGAAAUAAACGAGGCUUUAGUUUCUUGAUUUUUAUUUGUGGUUGCCUUCAGUAAGUGUGGAGCUUAGAUUAAAAAAAAU